UUAGUUUGUUUUGGCUAUUGUUGUUAUAAACAUAAAAUGUAUUCAAAUAUGAUGAAAUUCAUAUUCAUCUGGUCAUUUAUAUUUGCAUUAACAAUUCAAACCAUAUGUUCAUUUGAAUAUAAACAUCAUAGUAAUGAAGAAUUGAAUCAAUCAUUACAAGAUGUUCAUCAUAAAUGUCCAUCGAUUACACGAUUAUAUGAAUUAAGUGAAAAAAGUGUCAAUGGUUGGCCAUUGACUGUGAUUGAGAUAUCAACGAAUCCUGGUGAACAUGAAUUAUUGAAACCUGAAUUUAAAUAUGUGGCCAAUAUGCAUGGUAAUGAAGUUUUAGGCCGUGAACUAUUACUUCGUCUUGCCGAUUAUCUAUGCAAUGAAUAUCGUAAUAAUAAUGUUGAUAUACAGAAUCUAGUCAACAAUACACGUAUUCAUUUAUUACCAUCACUGAAUCCGGAUGGUUGGGAAUUGGCUACAGCAAAUCUUGAUCAAAAUCAUGGUUCUGAUUGGUUAUUGGGUCGUUCGAAUCUAAAUGGUAUUGAUAUUAAUCGUGAUUUUCCUGAUCUGGAUUUGAUUGCCUUUCGUCAUGGUGACAAAGAUGAUUUUAUCAAUACAUUGAUUUAUCAUAAAAUGCAACCGGAAACACGUGCUAUCGUUGUAUGGUUAUUAUCCAAUCCAUUUGUAUUAUCGGCAAAUCUUCAUGGUGGUGCUCUUGUUGCUAAUUAUCCAUUCGAUGAAACACCUGAUGGUAGUAUGAAUACGUAUACACCAUCGGCCGAUGAUACAACAUUUCUCCAUCUAGCACGUACAUAUGCCACAAAUCAUCGACGAAUGUCACAUUCAGGUACAGCAUGUGAUCAGGAUGAAGAUUUCGGCAAACAGGGUGGUAUUACAAAUGGUGCUGCAUGGUAUUCUGUUGCUGGUGGUAUGCAAGAUUUUAAUUAUCUGGCUACGAAUACAUUCGAAAUUACAUUGGAAUUAGGUUGCGAUAAAUAUCCACCAGAAUCACAAUUAUCAAAAGAAUGGGAAGAUAAUAAAAAAGCUUUAUUAGAAUUUAUCAAUCAAGCACAUAUUGGUGCUAAAGGUUUAGUAAGAGAUGAAAAUGGUAUGCCAAUCGAUAAUGCAAUCAUUCGUGUACAGAAUAUCACUGAUGGUGUUAAUCAGAUUAUCAAUCAUGAUAUUAGUACAACUAAAAAUGGUGAAUAUUGGCGCCUGUUGACACCUGGCCUUUAUGAAAUAAUGGCAGCAAAAUCCGGUUAUUUACCAGAAGUUAAAACCGUAUCGAUUGAACCACGUAAUACAACGGCAACACAAGCUAAAAAUGUCUCAUUUUGUACUCAGAAAUCUUUUUGAAUGAUCAUCAUCAUGUCUGGAUUAAUUCUCGUUUUGGAUCGAAAGCACAAUCCCCUCGCCUACUGGAAAAACAAACAAAAACAAAAUUUUCACAUGCAACCAACGAACAACCAACCAUACAAUAAAAUUUUAAAAGAGAUUUUAUUACAUUUUUUAAAAACAUAUUUUCCUCUAUAGUUAUUCUAUCAUUGUUAUGAUUGAAUCAAUACCGUUUUGGAAUGAAUGGCACACUCACCACACACUGAACACAGAAAGAUAUGAAUUUGAAUAAAAAAAAAUUAUAAAUGAUGAGUUUUCGAAUGAUUUUUCCCUACA